AUGACGAGUUACCUGGAUCGCUGGAUUGGCUCCGUUGGAAAGCUCCUCGGCAUGGGUGAGCGAAAGAGAGGUUUGGGCGAUUUUGCCCUCGACUUGCUGUUGGUGGCUGGCAUGGCGCGUCUGCAAGCCAAAGCUCACCUCGAGCGGUUACGCAAGGGAAAAACCAUUGGGAAGUCGGGCGACGACACAGGGGACGACGGCAGCGUGUCUCGACGUGGUCCCAAGCCAGAGGACUUGGUGCUCAACGAGUAUGAAAACCUGAUAGCUUUGGAGAUGGUGGCCCCCGAGGAUAUCUCGGUUGGCUUUUCUGAUAUUGGUGGUCUGGAAGACAUCAUCGACGAGCUCAAAGAGUCUGUCAUCUAUCCCCUGACUAUGCCUCAUCUGUACUCUCAUGCUGCACCGCUUCUAUCUGCACCAUCCGGAGUUCUCCUGUACGGCCCACCUGGUUGCGGCAAGACUAUGCUCGCCAAGGCAGUUGCUCACGAGAGCGGUGCCUCAUUCAUCAACCUUCAUAUCUCGACAGUGACGGAAAAGUGGUAUGGCGAUUCAAACAAGUUGGUUCGAGCCGUGUUUUCUCUCGCGCGCAAGAUGCAACCGGCCAUCAUUUUCAUUGAUGAGAUUGAUGCAGUUCUCGGCACUAGGAGGAGUGGCGAGCAUGAAGCAAGCGGGAUGGUGAAGGCAGAAUUCAUGACUUUGUGGGACGGUUUGACGUCCUCUAACUCUUCAGGCAUGCCGGCGCGAAUCGUCGUCCUUGGUGCCACCAACAGAAUUCACGACAUCGACGAGGCUAUUCUUAGGCGUAUGCCUAAGAAAUUUCCCGUGUCUCUUCCCGGAAAGGAGCAGAGACGGCGAAUUCUGCAACUUAUCCUACAGGACACGAAGACCGACCCUGACAGCUUCAACUUGGAGUACAUUGCCAAAGUUACGGCUGGCAUGUCCGGCAGCGAUAUCAAGGAGGCGUGUCGCGAUGCGGCCAUGGCGCCUGUUCGUGAGUAUAUGAAGGAGCACCGUGCAAGCGGCAACCCAAUGUCCAGCAUCACGCCCGAGCACAUUCGCGGAAUUCGGACAGAGGAUUUCUUCGGCCGAAAAGGAGGUGGCCAGAUCUUGAUGGAAAACCAUGCGAAACAAUCAGCGAAGGCGUCAGGGGCAUCGGCAGAUGAGUAUGAAGACAUGGUUGAGGAGUUGGGCUAG